GUGCGCGUGCUGAGUGUGUGUCAGGUGGCGUCCACAGUUAGGAAGCCAUGUCCAGAUCGGGUGACAGAACGUCCACCUUUGACCCGGCGCACAGUGACGCCCUGCUGCACGGGCUCAACCUGCUGUGGAGGAAGCAGCUCUUCUGCGAUGUCACCCUCACCGCCCAAGGGCAGCACUUCCACUGCCACAAAGCGGUGCUGGCGUCCUGCUCCCAGUACUUCAGGUCGCUCUUCUCCUCCCACAACGCCAUCAGCAACAACGAGGGCGGCAAGGGGGACCAGGGCAGCAGCGGCACCCCUUCGUCCUCGCCCGACGACAAGCUGGUGACCCCCGGCGCCAGGCCCAUCAAUAAUCUGGUCCUGCAGGGCUGCUCGUCCAUCGGACUGAGACUCGUGCUGGAGUACCUGUACACGGCCAACGUGACUCUUUCCCUGGACACGGUGGAAGAGGUCCUGUCGGUCAGCAAGAUCCUCAACAUCCCCCAGAUCACCAAGCUCAGCGUGCAGUUUCUCAACGACCAGAUCUCGGUGCAGAACUACAAGCAGAUCUGCAAGAUCGCCGCCCUCCACGGACUGGACGAGACCAAGAAGCUGGCCAACAAGUACCUGGUGGAGGACGUGCUCCUGCUCAACUUCGAGGAGAUGUGCGCCAUGCUGGACGCUCUGCCGCCGCCGGUGGAGUCGGAGCUGGCGCUCUUUCAGAUGUCGGUGCUGUGGCUGGAGCACGACCGCGAGACCCGCAUGCACUACGCGCCGGACCUGAUGAAGAGGCUCCGCUUCGCUCUCAUCCCGGCUCCGGAGCUGGUGGAGAGGGUGCAGUCGGUGGACUUCAUGAGGAGUGACCCCGUGUGCCAGAAGCUGCUGCUGGAUGCCAUGAACUACCACCUGAUGCCCUUCAGGCAGCACUGCAAGCAGACCACGGCCAGCAGAAUCCGUUCGAACAAGAGAAUGCUGUUACUGGUGGGUGGCUUGCCCCCCGGACCCGAUCGCCUCCCCAGUAAUUUGGUCCAGUACUAUGACGACGAAAAAAAGACAUGGAAGAUUCUCACAAUAAUGCCUUACAACAGCGCUCAUCACUGCGUUGUGGAGGUGGAGAACUUCCUGCUGCUGCUCGGCGGAGAGGACCAGUGGAACCCCAACGGAAAACACAGCACAAAUUUUGUCAGUCGCUACGAUCCCAGAUUCAACAGUUGGAUACAACUUCCUCCGAUGCAGGAGAGGAGAGCCAGCUUCUUCGCCUGCCGCCUGGACAAGCACCUGUACGUGAUCGGCGGCCGCAACGAGACGGGCUACCUCUCCAGCGUGGAGUCGUACAACCUGGAGACCAACGAGUGGAAUUACGUGUCGUCGCUUCCGCAGCCCCUGGCCGCCCACGCGGGAGCCGUUCACAACGGCAAGAUCUACAUAUCAGGCGGGGUCCACAACGGCGAGUAUGUGUCGUGGCUGUACUGCUACGACCCCGUGAUGGACGUGUGGGCCCGCAAGCAGGACAUGAACACAAAGCGCGCCAUUCACACGCUGGCCGGGAUGAACGACCGCCUUUACGCCAUCGGGGGGAACCAUUUAAAAGGCUUCUCUCAUUUAGACGUGAUGUUAGUGGAGUGUUACGACCCCAAGGCGGACCAGUGGAACAUCCUGCAGACGCCCAUCCUGGAGGGGCGCAGCGGGCCGGGCUGCGCCGUCCUCGACGACAGCAUCUUCCUCGUGGGCGGCUACAGCUGGAGCAUGGGGGCGUAUAAAUCAUCAACCAUCUGCUACAGCCCGGAGAAGGCGUCAUGGACAGAGUUGGAAGGCGAGGUGGCGGAACCUCUGGCGGGCCCGGCUUGCUCCACAGUCAUCCUGCCCGCCUGCCUCCCGUUCAACAAAUGACAACUAAUCCAGCCGAGGGGGGGCAGCAGCCGCGGCGACGACGACUGGGGAAAGGAGCGUCCCUCCCUCCUCCCUCCGUAAGCAGGCGGCGAUUUUACCACCCAUCUCCCGCUUCUGCUCAGUGAUGCGGCGGUGUACAAAUUAUUUUUUUACAAGUUUGACCGGAGCACUUUGGUUAUUCCCCCCUCCCCCCUCUAAAGAUGUAAAAAGAGGGAAGGAAAAGCGAUGUGUAUUUAAAAUGGUCACGUUCAUGUGAGCUCUGGUUUAUUGACUUUGUUUCAAGUGUAUUUUUAUUUUUCUUCUACACGAUAGCACGCGUUAGCUUAGUGCUAGCUUCCAGGUCCGUCGAAUAUCCGAUGCACAUCAAUUCGAACACGGGCAGUGAGAGAAAGAAAGAAAAAGAGAUUAUUCCCGAUGAAUGUUUCCUCUGAACCAGGAUUGGGUGAGCUUAUUUUUAACAUUUUCUUUUUAAAUUUGAUAAAUGGGCACCAUGGGUCACCUGCACAUACUUCCGCUUUCUUUUUUCUUUAAAAAAAAACAAAACAUUUUCCGUCACCAAAAUGACAGUAAUUCUUCUACUUUUCAAAGUAUAAUGUAAAAAAAAAAAAGAUUACUUCAAAAAGUGCAGCUCAAGUUGUGUCAAUUCCAAAUAUUUGAUUCAUUUCAUGACAAAUCUCAAUCGUGAUGCGUUAAUUAUUAUUAUGAUUAUGAAUGUAAUGAAUGGCAUAUCGAUGGUACAAUCAAAGUUUAAUUACUCGCCAAUGUACUGGAAGCAUGUUUGACCAAUUGAGUGGCAACUAACAUGCCAACUACACGAGUAUUUUGGCAUACUAAUAUCUUCCAUGAAGGAGUGUUUGGGCAGCACGGAAAAGGCAAAAUAUGUAUUAUAUGAUACAGAAAUGAAGUGGUAAUUCUAUGACCAAAAAAAGUUGGGGGAAAAUGGCAAUUGUUUGUUUUUUUUCUUGAAUAAAAUGUAAUUAUUUUCAAAAGGUACAAUACAUUUUACAAGGGAAAGUGAAGGAAAGUUUUCUUUUUCUUUAUUUGUUCAAAUGUUUUUCUUGUUACAUUUCAACUUUAAUCACAAUAUUAAGGCUUACAAUUUGAUGUUUUGGUCUUUUUAGCGAAAGGACAUGAUCUUACGCUUUAAAGAUUCCAACUUUUUUUCUUGAGCAUGUAAUUUUUGUCCAGAAAAUUUGAUCUCGGAACAAUAUAAGUGAUUGUCGGGUAUAAAUAGUUCUCGGGUGACUUUUCUCAAAAGAUUAUGACUUUUUCUUGAAUGAAAACCUUUUUUUUUUUACUCCAAUUACAAUUUUUUUUUCAGUGUGGCCCUAAUACUCCUUUUAUUUAUAAGCAUACAGCGGACUUUAAUGCACUAACAGUGAGCCCGUGAGUUCACUGCAAUGUAAAUUAAUUACUGUGUUGUGGUAACCCUACAAAAAAAAAACAAAAAAAAACUUAAAAAAAACCUUUCAGUACAAAUGAGUCCAGUCUUGUGUAUUAUGGAUCCCCUAAAGGGACGGGUUUGUCUCCCCCUCACCCCCACGCCCCCAUGUCCCUUUAGGGGCUCUGUAGUCUGUUACUGAAUUUACAAAAAAAAAAAAAAAAGUUGAUUAUAAAUGUCAAUCCUGUAAAGGUUUGUUGACCUUCAUUCUUGUACAUAAUCGCUUG